AUGUCUUCCUCCUCUUCUUCGAGAGUUUUGCGCGCUCUUCUUUUCCGUUUCGGAAAGAAUGGGGGAGGAAACGCAAAUCCAUCGUCGUCGUCGUCGUUCGGUGUCGGUGUCGGUGUCGUUGGCGCGACGACGGCGACCGCCGGUUUGCUGAUGAGUUAUUCGGACGACGAUGCGGUCCACGCGGUGAAAAGAGUCGCGACGGCGUCGAAACAUUUAGUGCCGGUGUAUUUUGAUUACCGGAGGCACCUGGCGAGGGUGAAGAAACUCGAGAGCGAGUGUACUAAUCAAUUCGAGACGGAUGAGGAUGAAAAAUUGGAUGAACUGAAACGAGAAUCGAGGCAAACGUUAUGGACCGACGUCGCGGUUCGCUUGAGAGAUUUAGCGCGAGAAAACGGAGGGAUCUACGUGAAAGCCGGGCAGCAUCUUUGCGUGCAACCGGUAGCGCCGGUGCCUUUUCGGCAGAUACUGAGGGUGUUGAUGGACGACGCGAGCGCGAGGCCGUUCGAGGAAGACGAGAAGACGUUUAGCGAAGAGUUUAACGGUUUGAAACCGAAAGAGGUGUUUUUAGAGUUUGAGGAGAAACCAAUCGCGAGCGCGAGUUUAGCGCAGGUGUACAAAGCGAAGACGAAGAUGGGAGAGGACGUGGCGGUGAAGAUUCAGCAAAGACCGGUGGCGAGGUUUUUGUGGGUAGAUCUCGCGACGAUUGAGACGUAUUACGCGGUUUUGGGGUAUUUGAUUCCCGGGUUGAGGUUCGCGUGGUUGGCGAAAGAGACGAGAAGACACAUGUCCGAGGAGUUGGAUUUUCGAUUAGAGGCGAAGAAUUGUAAAGAUAUGGGGAGAUUGUUGAAAGAAGAGUGCGGUUUUAAGGAGGAGGAAGUGACGGUGCCGAAAAUCCACGAUAAUCUGAGCACAAAGCGAGUGUUGACGAUGGAGUUCGCGGACGGGACCAGAGUCGAUAACGUGGAAAAAAUGCGAGAAAAUAAAGUGGACGCGUAUAAAGUCGCCAAGACGAUUCAGGAAGCGUUCGCGACGUUGACGUUUGAACACGGUUUCGCGCACGGCGAUCCUCAUCCGGGGAAUUUGUUGGUCGAUAAAAACGGAAAAGUGACGAUUUUGGACCACGGCGUUGUGCGGCGAUUAGACGAACCGACGAGAGAAACGUGGUGCCAAGUGUGGUUGGCGUUAAUUCGAAACGAUGAAAACGAGAUGCGAAACGCCGUGGAAAAGUUGGGGAUAAAUCCGGAAAUGCACAGGUUUUUCGGGAUUAUCUUGGCAUUAGCGCCAGCCAGAGUGAUUGAAGAUCGGUUCAAGAAGGAAGACGAGAAGAUGGCGGUAGUUUCAUCUUCAUCUUCUUCGUCUUUGUCUUCUUCCUCGUCCUAUUCCUCCGCUGCAAAUAAAGUUGACGUCGCCGCCGCCGCCACCGCGGAAAAUAAUGGAGCCUCGACGACUUUGACGACGACUCGAGAGAACAAACCAGCGAACAACAACGACAGUUUAUCCAUGAGCGACAAGCGCGAGAUUUUCAAAACGGUACUCAAAGUAAAACUGGAAGACCAAAGUCAACUGUUCGAGUCGCUCCCGCGAGAUUUACUCAUGGUGCUCAAAGCGAACAAUUUACUCCGAUACGUAAACGAACAACUCGGAUCGCCGGUGAAUCGAUUCCGCAUCAUCGCUCGAAGCGCGAAGAAUGGACUCGAGAAACGCGAACGGAUGAAAAACGACGCCGAACAGGCGUUGGAGAUGGACAGCGCGAGAAAGAAAGGGUUGGGAUAUCGCACCAAAGAGUGGGCGCGAACGGUGAAAGAUCGCGGAUACGACAACGUCAUGGUGAUGUUGUUACCUGCGCAACUGUUCUUCACGAGGGGCAAACUCGCGUGGGCGUUUUGGCGUUCCUCUAAAGCGGCAAAAUCAUCCGCAGUUCUCACAAACGGUAAGUCAUCAACGGUAGUAUCGACGGCGGCGGGAGGGUCAUCGACGACAGAAAGAAAAGCAUAG